AUGUCCAGCCUCCAGGUCUCCGUCGUCCUGCUCUGUCUGCUCGGCCUCAGCUGCGCCGCCUUCGACCCCGAGCGACUGGAUCAAAUCAUUAGGAACAUAAACAAACUGAAGCAGGAGAAGCUGGACCUCACUAAGAGAUAUGCAUUGAGCAAUGAGUUCUCAGCUAAAGUCCUGGACCAGGGCCUGAAGAUGGUGGGGAGAAUGGACGAGCUGGUACAUGAGAACGGCCUGGAGGUGGAGUUCCCCUCUGUGGCCGAGUUUGUGGAGGAUUUGAGGACCUUCAUCGAAAACACCAAGGACUUCACUCAAAAACAGAUGGAGACAAUGGCAAAAGAAUAUGGAGAGAAAAAAGAGAUGAUACAUGCACUGGCUCUGGAGGCGCUGGACUGA